AUGCUAGAGACGGACCUCCUACCCAACGCCACGCACCAGGAGACGCGAGUAUUUUACCUCAAGAUGCGGGCGGAUUAUUACCGCUACAUCGCGGAGUUUCACCCAGAGAUCUCGGAGUGCAGAGAGAAGGCGCAGUGGGCCUCUCAGGAAGCCUAUGCAGCAUGUCAGGAGGGUCUCUCGCCAACGCACCCCAUUCGCUUGGGAAUGUGCCUAAGUCAAGCGGCCUUUCACUACGAGAUUCUGGGGCAGACUUCGGCGGCUGUGCAGAUGGGCAAAAAAGCGUUGGACGAGGCACUUACCCAGAUCGAUGACGUCCCUGAAGAGCACUACAAAGACGUGGUCCUCAUCAUGUCAGUUCUGCGAGACAACCUCGCAUUGUGGACAACCGACAUGCAAUCCUGUUGA